AAAUAAUUACAACAACUUGCAUUCCAGACUGCUAGGUGGGGUUCUGAUGAAACGAAAACGAAAAUGACAGAGCAUUUAAGUGGCAGCUGAGGAGGCUGAGUUUCUAAAGAAGCUGCGGGGUUUGGACAGAGAGGACCAGAUGAUGAAAUCAAACCAACCUACCUCCUCGGUCAAGUGGAUUUCAGUCUAGUUUUAUCAACUACCACAUGCAAGACCAUGGACAGACUGACUUUAACAACAGGCAGAAGAGGACCUAAUAAUGAUAUUGAUACUGGACAAAAUGCAGAUGGCCUUGGAGGAAGAGGGAGAAGACAAGGAAGUGCACAGGGAGACAGGGCGCAAGAACGAGGGGGAAGAAGAAGAGCACAGAGUCGUGGGAGUGGUGAAGGGGAGGAAACAGAUAGAGGAGGCAAAGGCAUGCGUGGCAGAGGAAGACGAGGAAGAGCAGAGGCAGGAAGAGGAGGACAAAGAGGUGCAGGAAUAGGAGGCAGGUUGGAGACAGGUGAGGGAGGACGAGGGAGAGGAAGAGGAGGAGGAGCAGCUGCAGGGAGAUGGGGGGAAGGAGAUGCACAAAGAGGAGAUAGACAUAGGGGGGGAGGAGGGGAGAAUGAAGGGGAAGCUGCUGUGAGAAUGAGAACACAGGGAGGAAGAAAUAGAGAGCCAAGUGCAGCUGAGGGAGAAGGAGCAAGACUAUGGAUGGCAGAAAUGGGGGUGAGGAAAGGAGGACAUAGUGUGGACAGAAGAGAAGGAAGGAGGGGUGACAGACGAGACUUUGCAAGGGAAGGGCAACAGGGGAAUGGAAGGAGAUCUGAUUCUGUAGGCACAGGUAGGGCACCACAGGGCAGAGGACUGGGCUAUAACAAACUGGAAGAACUGGCUGAGAAAGACCCGCCUGUGGUGGCCAUUACCCUCUCCUCAAACCCUGCCCUACAGACGAUCCUAGGGGAGACAAAAAUGAGGCAGGAUCUUAUCGAACUCCUCGGCCUAGUGCUGAGCAAAGCCUUCAAGUCACGGGCCGACAGAGGCACCCUGCAGCACCUGGGGGGCAUCAUAAAAGAUUCAGGGUUCUUCUGCACCAUCCUGCCCCACUAUCUGGUGGGAAUGGUGUCAGAGUUCAAUGCUGUCCGCAGAGCACAGUACCCACAGCACCUGGAAAACAUCCUGGUUAUAGUGUCGGAGGUGCUUAGCAUCUUCCCUGUGAGCUCCAUCAAGACAGUGAGUAUGUUACUGACCCUGCUCCAAGCCUCUAUCAACAGCCUGAGGGCAUCGGGUGAGGAAAUCAAGCCUCAAACAGAAGAAACCAUAGAUAAUCUUCAGGGCAUCAUCAGGCACCUCCAGGAGAGAUCAAGGGAAGGUACCCUGCGCUCAGACAGGGAUACGUAUGCACUCCUUCCCACCGGUGGUGAAAACCCAGGUGAAGAAGAGGAGCAGAAUUUCAGAUCCAUACCAAUCUACCCAACUAUUGAGGAGUUUCAGCAGGACCACAAGCCGUUCCUUAGACCCAACCUCACCUCCCAGCGCUACACAAACACUUACAUGUACCUUGAUACACAUUUCCGGCUGCUCAGAGAGGACUUUGUUCGACCACUCCGUGAGGGGAUCCAUCAGCUGCUCCAGAAUCAAAUGGACAUGGGGAGGACCGAUAGGCCACUGAGGACAAAGCGCUUUGAUGACAUCAGAGUUUAUUUUGAUACACAACUGAUGGUGCCCAAAUGUACAAAGACUGGCAUUGGAUACAUAGUCCAGUUUGACAUUCAGCCACUUCAGUUUGUAUGCUGGGCGAACUCCAAGCGGCUAAUCUUUGGUUCCCUGGUCUGCUUGUCGUGUGAUAAUUUUGAGAACUUCUUGUUUGCAACUGUAUCAGAUCGAGAUCCCAAAGCCCUGGAGAAAGGACAGGUCCAGAUCACCUUUACAGAGGAAAGCAGAUUCAAGUUGGCCAGAAUUGAGAAAGAUCAGUUGUUCGUGAUGGUUGAGACAACUGCCUACUUUGAAGCCUAUCGGUACGUUCUAGAGGGUCUACAGGAGCAGAGGGAGGAUGACAUGCCCUUUCAGAGGUAUAUUGUGGAGUGCAGCACAGACGUCCGACCACCAACUUAUCUGUACAGAAAAGACACUUAUGACCUGUCAUCCGUUGCUGACCCUGACUACAAGGACAGCAUGCUGCCCUUUCACAGCCUGAAAGCAGAGGCUUGGCCAAGAAUGGAAGAACUGGGGCUGGAUGAGUCUCAGAUGAGAGCCUUCCAGCUGGCCCUUACAAAGGAGCUGGCCAUCAUACAGGGACCUCCUGGAACUGGAAAAACCUACGUUGGCCUAAAGAUUGCUCAGGCUCUGUUGACCAAUCAGCAUCUCUGGAGAGAUGAAUUAGGCACAGCUCCCAUGCUAGUUGUAUGUUACACUAACCAUGCCCUGGAUCAGUUCCUUGAGGGUAUUCAUAAAUUUCUGCCAGAGGGCAUAGUGAGAAUAGGAGGUCGCAGCAACAGUGAGAUCCUGAAGAAGUUCAAUCUAAGGGAGCUGACCCAAUCACACAACUUCCGACGUAAGCUGCCGCCUCACCUACGUACUGCAUAUAAUGAGAUUUACAAGCAGCUGUGUCAGGAGGAGAGGGAGAUCCAGCAACAGAGUGUAAAGCUGGAGUGUUCUCUGAAAGGUGUAAUGCGUGAAACCUUCUUACAGAAGUUCAUUUCACACAGACACUGGGACAGUCUGCAUCAAUGCCCUGCACAGGAUGAAUUUGAGACCUGGAGUGAGAAGAAGUCCAGUCUGAUGAUGGAGUGGUUGGGUUUGGGUUCCACUGUCUUCCUGCAGAGGGAGACAGAGAAUGCAAAUGGAAAUGAAGCAACAGAGGGAGCAAUGGAGGUGGAAGAAGAAGACCUCAUUGAAAUCGCAGAGGAGGCAGAUCUGAUCCAGGCAGAAAGGAUUAUUGAAGACAACUUUGAUCCCAGAGGUGGUAGCGAUGGCAGGAAGAAGGAAGACAUGGAGGAGGCUGUCAGAGCAGUGGAAGAACUGAUGCUGGCUAUGAACUUGGAUAAAGCUGAAAUACAGGUUGAACAGAGAGAGAAAGAAUGGGAGAUACAACAGGCCCAAAGGAAAAAGAUGAAGAAGAAAAUCAGGAGAGAGCUAGGGAAGACGUCAACUAUGACUGAAGAAGAGGAAGAUUACAUCUUGGAUGUGUGGACUAUUAGUCUGCAAGACAGAUGGAGGCUUUAUCGGUUGUGGGUGUCGCGCUACAGGGUGGAGCUUCGCACCAAAGCUCUCACUUCUGAACAGGAGUAUCAGAAUGCAGUGGACAGACUGGCUGAUGUGAAACGACACGAGAACCUCUGUCUGCUUAAGGAAGCCACGGUUAUUGGCAUGACAACAACAGGAGCGGCCAAGUUCCGUACAACACUGCAGCAAGUGCGUCCACGCCUGGUGAUUGUAGAAGAGGCUGCAGAGGUUCUUGAGGCUCACACCAUCACCACACUGAGCCAAGCAUGUGAACACCUCAUCCUCAUCGGAGACCACCAGCAGCUGCGCCCCAGUGCCACAGUGUACGAACUUGCUAAGAACUUCAGCCUGGAGAUGUCCAUGUUUGAGAGGCUGGUGAAGAUGGGCCUGCCCUUUGUCAGACUCAACUACCAGCAUCGCAUGAGGCCAGAAAUUGCCCGUCUUCUGACCCCACACAUCUACUCAGAGCUCGAAAACCAUCCCUCUGUGCUGGACUACGAAAACAUCAAGGGUCUUAACACCAACUUAUUCUUUGUGGAGCAUAACCACCCAGAGGAAGAGAUCAAAGAUGGAAGAAGCCAUCAGAACCGUCAUGAGGCAGAAUUUGUUGUUGCUCUUUGCCGUUAUCUUCUCUUCCAGGAAUACAGACUAGAGCAAAUUACCAUUCUUACGACAUACACCGGCCAACUUCACUGUUUCCGCAAACUCAUGCCUGUGAAAGAGUUUUCAGGCGUCAAAGUGCAUGUAGUAGACAAGUACCAAGGAGAAGAGAAUGACAUUGUUUUGUUGUCUUUGGUCCGUAGCAACCCGCAGGGAAAAGUUGGCUUUUUAAACAUUCCCAACCGUGUCUGUGUAGCCUUGUCACGUGCCAAGAAAGCUCUAUAUUGUAUUGGCAACAGUGGGAUGCUCAGCCAAGUUAAACUGUGGAGCAACAUCUUCCACACCUUGAGGGAAAACAACCAGGUUGGGAAGGCUCUGACCCUCUGCUGUCAGAAUCAUCCAGAACGACAGGUCAAAGCAUCUAGUGUUGAGGAUUUCAAGCAAGCACCCGAGGGAGGCUGCACCCAGCCUUGUGAGUUCCGUUUAGCGUGUGGCCAUGUCUGCCCAAGAGUCUGUCACCCGUAUGACCCAGAGCACAAGGAGUACAAGUGUGUCAAGAAGUGCCAGAAGAUUUUAUGUGAUCAGGGACACAGGUGCACACUUCUGUGCUAUCAAGCAUGUCCAGAGCAAUGUUCAGUGAAGGUUGAAAAGAUCAUACCCCAGUGUCAACACACACAAAUGGUUCCAUGCCACCAGGAUCCAGAAACAUUUGUAUGCCAGGAACCCUGCCAGAAGUUGCUACCUUGUGGACAUCCGUGUGAUUUAGUCUGUGGGGAACCAUGCAACAGUAGGUGCAAGGUGAAGGUCACCUUAAAGCUUAAGUGUGGACACAGCCAGCAAGAUGCUUGCUUUUACAAAACACAGAUAGAGCAGCCUGAAUGUAGGACCCCGUGUAAGCAUCAGCUAAAAUGCGGUCAUGCCUGUCGUGGCACCUGUGGCAAAUGUUAUCAGGGACGCUUCCACUUCCCCUGUUCUCACCAAUGCGAGCGUCUCCUCAUUUGUUCUCACAAGUGCAGUAAGCCUUGCACUAAAAACUGCCCCCCCUGUCAGAGACCUUGUGAGAACUGCUGUGUCCAUAGCAAAUGUAUGAAUCAGUGCGGGCAGCCUUGUGCUCGUUGCAUUGAGCCCUGUGCCUGGAACUGCCCUCACCAGAGCUGCAGUAAGCUUUGCCAUGAGCCAUGCGAUCGUCUGCCAUGCACGCAACCCUGUGCCAAGAUCCUGAAGUGUGGGCACCCAUGCAUAGGCCUAUGUGGAGACAAAUGUCCCAGCAAAUGUCGCAUCUGUGAUUAUGAUGAGGUCACUGAGAUCUUCUUUGGCACUGAAGAUGAGCCUGAGGCUCGCUUCAUUCAGUUGGAGGACUGUGGACACAUAAUUGAAUACACAGGCAUGGAUACAUAUAUGGGGAUGGAUGACAACAACCAAGCAAAUGAAGGAGAGCAAGUGGCCAUAAAGCUAAAGGAGUGUCCCAAGUGCCGAACUCCAAUCCGUAAAAAUCUACGCUAUGGAUCUCACAUCAAUCGCAGUCUGGCUGAGAUAGAGAAGGUAAAGGAGAAGAUAAAUGGUCUGCAGCCAGAUAUUGAAGAGCGCAGAAAGGUCCUUCAAAAACAGUGGAGGGAAAACCUUUCCAUCCAUGAAAUGCAUCAGCAAGAGGAUUAUAUGCAUAUAAAGGUCAGAUUGGGAAUACCCUACCUCACAGCACAUGAUCUGUGGGUCCUAGAAAACAAGAUGGAUUACCUAAUAAGAGUUGCAAAACUACUUAAGAUCGAACAGGAAAACAUGUCAUUCAUGCAUGGCUACAGGUUUAGGAAGAACGUUGCAGAGUUUGUGUGUUGGCUUAAAACCUACCACCAAAACUUCACAGACCAACAGGUUUUUGAUUUGCAGAGAGAGCUAGGCAGACUCACCCUCUUGGCUGAACUCAACGCCCGCUGCAAUUUAGCAGGCAGGAGAGGACAAACCGACAAAAUUCAAUCUGAGGCACAACAAAUGAGAGAUGUGUUGGAAAUGCCUGGCCAAUUCACUGAGCAAGAUCAACGCAGAGUCAAAGAAGCCAUGGAGGAACUGGACAAGAAGCUUCCACUCAAAGGCUUGGGGAUCAGUGAAGAGGAGAGAAAGAUGAUCGUCUCAACCAUGAAUAUGCCACCUGGACACUGGUACAAAUGUCCUAAUGGCCAUGUCUAUCUUAUCACAGAGUGUGGAGGGGCUAUGGAAAGCCGACGUUGCCCUGAUUGUAAUGCUACUAUUGGUGGGGAAAGGCACAGACUUGAUAGUAGCAACCGAGUUGCCUCAGAGAUGGAUGGGGCACAGCACCCUGCUUGGUCAGAAGCAUAUAACCAUCCGAACAUUGGUCGCUUUAACUUGUAAAAGCCAAGCCUUAUGGAAGUAUGUUGCCUGCACAGCCUUGAGUGACAACAGGUUAUGAUUUUGAUGAGGAGGAGGAAAGGCCUUUGCAAAAUUCAGGAUACCUUUUUUAAAGUACUUGUGCGUUUCACUUUGCAGCAUUCAAGGCACAUCAGAGGUAGAUAGUAGGCUAUAUAUAGAUCAUAUGCUUUGUACAUGAAAUACACUUCUUAAACCUUUUGUUGAAAAUGCAGACUUUAGUAGUAAUAGCAAUUACCUGUGUUACUGUAUUACCAUCAAAUAUCCCUUUGCUUGUGAAUGUAUGUAACCUAGUAUUAAGGUGUACUUCAUGGAAUUUUUGUUCUGUUAUAUACAUUAUGGGUAGUGAUUUUGUUUUACCAAUUCUUAGAAAAAGGCUUAGAAUAAGUGAUGGAUGGAAGCUUUUAAAGUUACUCGGCUGACGACUGUAAUCCUUUUGAUCUGUUCAGGUCUUGUAGAGUUGUUGUCCUGUACCUCAACAAUAGGUGGCAGCCAAACACUGUAAAAUAACAUACAGAUAUCAUUUAGUAGUUAUUAUGCUUGCAGCAUGUUCCUACAAGAAUAAAAAUAUCUGGAACUACAAA